GUCUGCCAUCUGAUCGGGUUAAUCCCAUCAUUGGUGCUUUCAUUGAGAGAAAACUGUGAGAUAAGGUUGUGAGAUUAUGGCCGGACGAAGGACGAGACGUAACACUGCUGCUUGCGCCCAGUCGACGGUGAGGAGUGACAACCCUGAACAGGGUAUGGUUGUUCCUGUCAAUGGGUUGGAGACGGCAUUGAAUAAUGUGCCUAACAUGAUGGCCAACAUUAUGGAACGAUUGGAUAAGGCUCUUCCAGGUCCAUCCGGUACCCGGGACAUCCCUGCCGGGCAACCCCGCCAGGUCCUGCGUACUGCGAGUUCUCCUAUCCUCAAAGAGCUUCAUGAUCCGGAGGAGGUUGAGAGGGAGAGACAAGCCGUUGCCAGACGCCGGGCGAAGGAAUUGGCCCGGAAUAAUAAGGUGAAUGAAGACCGGGCCAAGGGUGCAAGCCGGAUCGUCGACAAUGGAAACGAAAACCUGCGGGGAACUGUCUUUGAAAGGAUAUCUCGCCAGAAAGCUCACGUUAGUGAGAGGCUGGGGAAGAAUCUGGAUAAGGCACCCCAGGAGCAAAGUCAGGGUCCCAGCACCACAGCGUCUGGGGCCGCCGGUGCUGGAAGCAGGCGAAUUCCAGGACCUGAGGGAUUGAAAAUGCCGUUUGUUAAGCGUUAUGAUGGGGAGUUAGAUCCCCAGGAACACAUAAACAGCUAUGUCCAGGUGAUGAUUGCCGUAGACGCCAGUGACGCACUCAUGUGCCGGUGCUUCUUGCAGACAGUUGAUAGCAAGGUUGCGGAUUGGGUCAACCAUAUUCCUGCCAGAUCGAUCCGGACGUGGGAUGAAUUGGGAUUGCGGUUCCUAGAGCACUUUGCCGGGAACUGCCGUCCCAAGAAGCAUUUCACUCACUUGGCUUCAGUGCGACAGAAGCACGGAGAAUCAUUGAAGAAUUUCCUUAUUCGAUGGAGGAAAGAGUCCAGGGAGGUUGAAGGAACUGACAACCUCACAACGACCAUGUUCACGGCGGCAUUACAGGAUGGAAUUCUUCACACCGACCUUACAACUCAUCCCCCGGAUACCUUCGAAGAAGCAAUGGUCCGGGCCAGAAGGUAUGUGACCCUGGAGGAGAGAAAGGAGGAGAAGAAGGAGAAGACUCCUAAAGAAGAAGAGAAGACGGGAAAUAAGAAGCCGUUCAAAAACAAGAAGCAGGGCUUCUCGGAUGGCCCAAAGGGCACAAGUCCUAGGACCUCGGAUAAGCACAAAUCUGCCAAUCCGGUCUUCACAUUGCCGGUGGCUGAGGUCAUGGCCCACGCUGCACAGCAGGGACUCAUGACUUACCCAACCUAUUCUCAAAAGGUCUGCAAUGUGGAGGACACUGGAAAAUGGUGUGCAUGCCAUCGCAAGAAUGAUCACAAUACGGAGGAUAGUUAUACCUUGAAAAACGAGAUGGCAAGGCUAAUCCGCCGGGGCCAUCUGAAGAAGUUUGUACAAGAUGGUGACGCGGGAAAUCCCAGGAAUGCUCAGAAUGGAAAGCGUAGAGAUAAAGAGGCCCGGGAGAAACGCCAUAUCGGGCUAGAAGAUGAAGAAGAGGAUUCAGAACCCGCGCCGCACCGCCAGAAGAGACACUACGGGUGUAACUUCAUCAUCGGUGGAAAUACUAUCAGAGAUUCAGCCACGAGCCGGAAGAAGUGGGCCAACGCGGCGACGGUCAACAUGGUGCUGGUCCCAGAAGGUAAGAAGCUGAAAACCGAGCCAAUUGUAUUUUCUAAUGCUGAUCUUCCAGAAACAGGGGUCCCCCAUAGGGACGCCCUGGUGAUUACUAUUGAUAUAAUGGACUUACUGAUCCAUAAAACCCUUGUGGAUAUGGGAAGUUCCGUUAAUAUCAUGUAUAUGGAUACGUACAAGGAUCUGGGUUUGACAAGGGAUGAAUUGUCACCCAUUAAGACUCCACUGGCCGGGUUCACUGGUGACUCUAUUGAACCGGAGGGGGUAAUAACUCUCCCGGUCGAGAUAGGGGAUACUAAGGCCACCCGGAAGUUGGACAUGGAGUUUGUGGUGGUGGGGAUAAUCUCCAACACAAACAUCAUCCUAGGCAGACCCGGAUUGGAAGAUUUAGAGUGUGUCAUCUCACCUCAUCACCUGUGCAUAAAGUUCCUAACCCCCCCCCCACGGAGUUGGAAUCGCCAGGGGAUCUCAGAGAGUGUCCCGGGCAUGCUCCUGAGGGCCGAGGAAAAACGUCCUAGGGUAGAAGUUGCUGGCGACAUUGAAGAAGUGGAACUAGAGCCAGGCACGCCGGGAAGGUUAGUCAGGAUUGGCAAGGGCAUGGGGGCUGAACUCAGAUCACAGGUGAUUUCAGUCCUUAGAAGAUUCAGGAGGGUCUUUGCAUGGAGUCUGGCUGAUAUGCCAGGGCUGGAUCUUAAGAUUGCAGUCCAUCGCCUAAAUGUUCUGCCGGAUGCUAAACCAGUGAAGCAAAAGCGGAGGCAUUUGUCGCAGGAAAGAAGAGAUUUUGUGAAAAAGGAGGCUCACCGGAUCGUUGUGCUCACGAAUGAGCCUUUGGCGUCACUUACCCGAAGCCCGGCGGCAUCUGCCCGGAUGACCAAGUGGGCGGUCUUUAUCAGUCAGUAUAAUGUGGAGUUCAGGCCGCGCCCGUCGAUCAAAGGGCAAGCACUCGCCGACUUUCAAGUUGAGUGCACCGCCAGGGAAAUGACAAGAGCUCAGGUUGAAACCCGAAUAGAAAAUGACUGGUGGGUAAUGAGCAUCGAUGGAUCUUCUGGGUCUCAAUCUUGCGGAGCAGGUAUCGUCGUGAUCACCCCAGAAAAUUUCCGGAUUUAUUACGCUAUUAGAUUUCAGUUCCGCGCAUCCAACAAUGAAGCUGAAUAUGAGGCCCUGAUCAACGGAUUGAAGAUUCAUAGUAAGUUGGGAGUAUCCAGGGUUCAGGUUUACAGCGAUUCCCGAUUGGUGGUGGGACAAAUCACUAGGGAGUUUGAAGCAAAGGAAGAGAGGAUGAAAAGGUUGGCCAAAUACAUUGAGGACGGUGAAGCCCCAGAGGAUCCCCAAGAAGCACGUCUGUUGCGAAUGAGGGCACCUGCCUACAAGAAUAUACCCGAGAGGCCAGCCACAAAUUACACGCCCAUCAGCUCUGUGAUUCCCUUCUCAAGAUGGGGGAUUGAUAUUGUGCGAGCCCUACCGAAAGGAGCUGGGCAGGCCAGGUGGAUUGUGGUGGCAAUAGACUAUUACACCAAGUGGGUGGAAGCUGAGCCACUUGCUGGGAUAACUGGGAGGCAGAUGAUCGACUUCGUUAGAACGAAUAUACUCUGCAGAUUUGGAGUCCCAAAGCAGAUCAUAUCUGACAAUGGAACCCAGUUUGAGGAAGCAGAGUUCCAAGACUUCCUCAAAACUUGGGGAAUUCAGCAUACAAAAGUGUCCGUUGCCUACACUCAGGCCAAUGGACAAGUGGAGAACGUCAAUAGGACAAUCAUAGACGGCAUGAAAAAGAAGCUGCUUUCAGAGGGAAGCAAAUGGGUGGAUGAACUACCCAGAAUCCUGUGGACAUACAAGACGACUCCAAGGAGAGCUACUGGUGACACUCCUUUUGGCUUGACCUAUGGUUUUGAAGCCCGGGAUCCCGCUGAGGUGGUAAUCCCCACCAGGAGGGAGAUAGAAUAUGACCCGGAAGUGAACGAACAGAGUCAAGCCGUAGAACUGAACUUCGUAGAGGAAUGAAUGGAUGAAGCACGGAUCCGGGCGGAGAAUUAUCGUCGCCAGGUGAAAUCUUACUUUGAUAGUAAGGUGAAACCAAGGGCGUUCCAGGUGGGGGAUUACGUUCUGAGGAAACAAGAGAAAAGUCAACCAACUAAGGGUGGGAAGCUGGCUUAAGAAGUAUGAGGGACCUUAUAUCAUCAAGGCCGUUGUUCGCCCAAGUACCUAUAAGUUGGUGACUCCCAAGGGAAAAAAAAUUGAUAGGACAUGGAAUGUAGAGCACUUGGUCAAAUUUUAUCAGUGAAACCAUUUUGUAAAAGCGCUUUAUUUUUAAAUUUAAGAUGUUUGUUUCAAUAAAUUUUUUUCCUUUAA